AUGUGCUCUGAGCCCUGCUUCUGGGUACUGCGAGGUGCUGCUCUCGGGCAAGCUCGGAAGUUGCAACAUGGUGAGCACAACACGGUCACUGCCAACAACGGGGAGGAGCAGGGGCUGAGCAGUGGGAGCUCCUGUGAUGGAUCUUUUCCGGGGAUGGAUGGGAACCUGCGGACACAUGUGACCUAUGAUGAUGUGCAUGUGAACUUCACUUGGGAAGAAUGGGCUUUGCUGGAUCCUUCACAGAAGAAUCUCUACAAAGAUGUAAUGCUAGAGACCUACAGCAACCUUACUGCUAUAGGCUGCAAUUGGGAAGAACAUAAUAUUGAAGAACAUUGUCAAAGUUCUAGAAGACAUGGAAGGUAUGAAAGAAGUCUUACUGGAGAGAAACCCUCUGAAUAUACUCAAUGUGGAAAAGCCUUUGCAAGUCACGGUUUUCCUCAAAAGCAUGAAAGAAUUCAUUCUGGAGAGAAACUCUGUGAAGGUAUUCAACAUGGUGAAGCCUUUGUACAUCACAGUAGUCUCCAAAUACAUAAAAAAACACAUACUAGAGAGAAACCCUACAAAUGCAAUAGAUGUGAUAAAGCUUUUGCACAUUAUAGUAAACUUCAAAAGCAUGAAAGAAUUCAUACUAGAAAGAAACCUUACAAAUGUAAUCAGUGUGGUAAAGCCUUUGUAUAUCUUAAUAGUUUCCAAAUGCAUAAAAGAACACAUACAAGAGAGAAACCUUACAAAUGUAAUCAAUGUGGCAAAGCCUUUGCACAUUAUAGUACUCUCCACAAACAUAAAAUAAUACACACUGGAGAGAAACCCUAUGAAUGUAAUCAAUGUGGUAAAGCCUUUGCACAACAAAGUUAUCUCCAAGUGCAUAAAAGAACACAUACUGGAGAGAAACCCUAUGAAUGUAAUCAAUGUGGUAAAACCUUUGCACGACAAAGCCAUCUCCAAGUGCAUAAAAGAACACAUACUGGAGAGAAACCUUACAAAUGUAAUCAUUGUGGUAAAGCCUAUAAAUGCCGUAGUAGUCUCAAAAGUCAUAAAAUAAUAACAGAUACUGGAGAGAAACCCUAUGAAUGUAACCAAUGUGGUAAAGCCUUUGCAUAUCACUGUAUUCUCCAAAAACAUAAAAGAACACAUACUAGAGAGAAAUCUUACAAAUUUAAUCAAUGUGCCUUUGCAUAUCUCAGUUCUCUCCCAAAACAUAAAAGAACACAUACUGGAGAGAAGCCCUAUAAAUGUAAUCAGUGUGGUAAAGCCUAUUCCCAACACAGUUAUCUUAAAACACAUAAAAGAAUACAUACUGGAGAGAAACCCUAUGAAUGUAAUCAAUGUGGUAAAACCUUUAGACUAAAAAGUCAUCUCCAAGUACAUAAAAGAACACAUACUGGAGAGAAACCUUACAAAUGUAAUCAAUGUGAUAAAGUCUUUACACGACAAAGUUAUCUCCAAGAGCAUAAAAGAAAACAUACUGGAGAGAAACCUUACAAAUGUAAUCAGUGU